AAUUUAAAUGUAUUAUUAAAACCCCAAAACAAUAACCGUGGCCUUCACUCUUCUUUGUUAAAAAAAAAAAACAAUUUCAGUAUCACAACAUCUGAUAUUUGAAAUGUUCGUGUAGUAUUAGUUUGUUCUUUGGUAUUAUAGUUUGUUUUUCGUUAUAUCACUUGCUGUCUGCUGAUCGUUCAUAAGAGUAAAGAUAAUUUAAUAUUAUACUCUAAGAUCUAGAAGAAAAAUAACACUCGAAUUAAUGACGUAAUGAUGAAUGGUGUACACAAUUAUUACAACUUGAGGGAUUAUAAUAAAUUAAGAAACCGAUUAAAACGAAUCAGAAUACUUUCAAAAUAUUAAAAAUAAUAUACUACAAUACUACCUGCUACAGACAAAUUGAAUAAUUUACUUGCUCAAAGACAGAAUUAUUGACUAAAAUGAAUCGUCAAGCAUUCAAGUUGAUAACAUUUGAUAUAACUGGUACUUUAUUAAAAUAUCGAAGUUCUCCAGCUGUAGAAUACUCUAAUAUUUUAAAUAAAUAUGGCUUAGAAGUAAGAUUAUCAACUCUCGAAAAUUUGAUUAAUAAAAAUUGGACAUUUAUGACAAAAGCACACCCAAAUUUUGGUCUUUAUACUGGACUUAAAUGGGAAAACUAUUGGAGACUUUAUGCACAAAAUGUUUUCAGCAAAGCAUUUCAGCUAGAAAAUAUCACUGAGAAUGUACCUCUAACAGAUAUAAUUGACGAUUUGAUGAUGACUUACAGUACUGGAGAAACAUUUAAAGUACAAAAUGGAGCAAUUGAGUUACUGGAGUAUUUGAAUAAUGAACAAAUACCGCUGGGAGUUUUGACUAAUUAUGAUCCAAGAAUUAACUCUAUGAUAAAAAAUCUUGGUCUUUCUCAUUAUUUUAAAUUUAUUUUGUCAUCAUAUGAAGUGAGGUCAGAGAAGCCAGAUAUUAAAAUAUUUAGAAAAGCAGAAUCAUAUAUUGAAAAGGGUUUAAACCGUGAGCAAUUUUUGCAUAUCGGUGACUCUUAUUUAUUGGACUUUAAAGGUGCAAAAAAUGCUGGAUGGUCUGCAUGUUUAGUUCAUAUAGAUAAAAAUAUAAUUGAACAGUAUCCAUCUUUAAGCGGUUGUAUAUUUGAUGAUUUUACGGUUUUAAAAAAUUUUUUAGUUUCAUGUAAUUCAAAAAAAAUGUAUUCUGAACAAUAGAAUUAUUAUUUUGAAAAUUUGUAUGCUUUCAAUUAUGUUAGACUUUUUGUUUUUUAUAAGUUAAGUUUUUUUUAGUAAAAUUAACUACUAAAAAAAUUCUGACUACUUAUUAAUAUAAAAAUAUAUGUAAUUGUAAAACAUUAAUUGAGCUAUAUUGAGUAAAAUAUGUAUUAUAACUUAAAGUUAAUAUUUAACCUUUUCAUUUUUUAAACAUUUUAAGAUGAUAAUAAAUCUAAGAGUAAUAGUUUUUUUAUUUGUUUUUUAAGUUGUUAUGCUUUGUUAUUAUUGUUGUUUUUGUCCUAUUAUUUUAACUUACUUAACUAUAAUUAAUAGUUUUAUUAUCAAUUUAUUCAUGAAUAUAUUUUUUGAAUAAUUGUAUUACCAUUACUCAUUAGUACUUCAUUAAGAAGUAUUUAAAAUAGUAAGUUUAUUUUUUGUUAGCCCAAUUUGUUUUUAUCAAAUAUUUAAAUGUAUAACUAAGUGGUAUAUAAUUUAAUAUAUUUGUAAUUGGACAAUAAAUAUAAAUAUAAACAU